AUGCGCUCCUCCCUUGCUCUCGCGGCCACGGCUGCCCUUGCGGCAAUCACAGCCGCAACACCCUACCAAUGCCCUCCCCUCGGCCCCGUCCUCCCCAAAGCCAAGUCCCCCAGCACGCACCCCUCCGUCCGCAGAGCCGUAUCCGCCUUCAUCACGGCGCUCGAGGCCGAGACCGCGGCCUUCAACGGCUCCGCCGUCUCCAUCGGCGUGAAGUCCGCGCUCGAGGACGAGCCGCUGGUGGACUUCCACUUCACGCCGCGGGACCGCGACCCGCAGGGCGCACAGGUCGUCGACAAGCACACCGUGUACCGGCUCGCGAGCGUGAGUAAACUGUUCCCGGUGCUGGCGGCGCUGCAGAAUGGGGACGUGAUCGGGUGGGAGGACUCCGUGGCGAAGUUCAUUCCGGAGCUUAGGGGUGCGCCGAAAGGGGCGUUGGAUUAUCAUGAUUGGGAGGAGAUUACCGUUGAGGCUGCCGCUGUUCAUACUGGUGGCGUUGCGGGUGAAAUGACGACGGACGGCGCAGCGUACCCUGGAGACUGGGAGGCGCUUGGAUUGCCUCCCGUGUCUGAGAAGGAAAAGCCGACCUGUGGAGGUUUCUUGGAUGUUCCGGCUUGCACCAGAGAAGAGUUCCUGAGCGUGAUGAAAGAUCGCCGAUCACCAGUCUACCCGGCCUACCAGUCACCGGUCUACUCAAACCUCGGCACGACCCUUCUGGGACUUGUCGUAGAGGGGGCCACGAACAAGACGUUUGAAAAGGUACUGUUCGAGUCUAUCCUGGAUCCCGCCGGGAUGGGCAAUACGACAUAUGGCAAACUCCCAAAGGACCUGGAGACGCUUUUCAUCCCCGCAAACGACACGUAUUACAAACACCCCUUGGGUGUCUUCGACCCAGCCGGCGGCAUUUACUCCACCACAGCCGACAUGCUCAACUUUGGCGACGCGAUCCUUCAGAACAGGCUCCUCAGCGCGGCAAAGACCCGUAGGUGGCUCAAGCCCUCAACCUUCACCUCCGCGCCCGGCAGCUUCGUCGGAAAGCCGUGGGAAGGCAUAGUCUCGGACAACCUCACAGCGGACGGGCGGCUCGUCGAGGUGUACACCAAGGGUGGCGACAUCAUCAGCUACCACUCGAUAUUCAUCCUGGUUCCGGAGUACGGCAUCACCAUGUCGGUGCUGGUCGCGGGACCCGAGGUCAGCGGGGGCUUGUUCUCGUAUUACUCGCUGAAGAUGAACGACUUGCUCCCGUCGCUCAUCAAAGCCCUGGACGAGGCUGCAAAGGACGACGCCAGGAAGGAGAUUGUUGGAACGUACGCCGACGCGGAGACGAAUUCGAGCUUGACGAUUUCAAUGGACGACGGGUGGGGCCUCCUGCUGGAGGACUGGUACAUGAAGGGCUUCGAGGUGAUUCCGAACCUGAGCCGGUACAUCUUCCUGGCCGUCAACGAGACCGAGCUGCCGCAGAACCGGGAGAGGACGGCGAGGCUGUACCCGACUGGGCUGGGAGAGGGUAACAGGACGGCGUGGCGGGCCCUGUUUGACACGUUCACGCCGGAGAUGCGGGACGCGGUCGACGACCUCAUGUUCUAUCCCAACGCGUCGUGUGUUUCGUGGCUGUCGAUGGACCGGACGACGUACAACUACAAGGCAUUGGACCACUUUGAGUUUACCUACGGAGACGACGGCAAGGUUGAGAGCGUGCUGCCGAAACCGUUUGCUCUGAGCUUGACGAGGGUUGAGAAGGAGGUAUCGGAGGAUUUGUAG